UCACCUCCAGCUCGGGUUUCGACGGCGGGUGCGAGCGUUUCCGGCGCUGCGGCGGGUGGCGGCUGGGCGGUCGCUUAGUAACCGGCGGGCGGGAGUGGCCCCCCCACCCGCACGCGUGGGCACGUACUCGGCGCCCCCUGGGCGCUCCCUGGGCGCUCCCUCUCUCCCGGCGCCCGACAGUGGCAAAGCCCCCUCGGGGCCAGGUCUGAUCGAUGACUACAAAAACCUCCAUGGCAACGCCUCUGCCCCAGGCACCUCCGCCGCUUCCCAGUGGCAGCCGCCCACUUACAGCAGUGGCAGGGCCUUCAGCGCUCGCUACCCUCGUCUGAGCCGGAGGGGCUUCUCCCAGAACCAUGGGCCUGUGUGGCGCAAGAAGUACUCCCUUGUGAAUCGGCCCUUGGGAUCCUCGGACCCACCUGGCGACUGUGCUGCCCAGCUGCCCCUUGGGGCUGGGGGCAGCCAGGGUCCCGACCCCCAGCAGUGCAUCCUGGAGAGGCAGGUCCAGCUCAGUCCGGAUCAGAACAUGGUCAUCAAGGUCAAACCACCGUCAAAGCCAGGCUCAGCUAACGCUGUAGGGGUCCUGCGGGGCUCCUUGGAAGAAAACGGGGAUCCCCCCUGGAGCAGCCACGGGCCUCAGGAAGGUGAGGGUGAGCCUCUCGGUGGGCAGCGGCAGCCCUCGAGGCCAGGAAGAGCCAAGGGGAGCUGCAGUGAGGAGGACCCCCUUCUGGUCUGCCAGAAGGAGCCUGGCAAGGCCCGGGCGGUGAAGUCGAUGGGCACCGUGAGCAGCAGCGCCUCGGAGCCCCGGCGGACGGUCAGGGAGAGCGGAGUCGCGGCCAGGGCCCGCGUCCUGCCCUCCAGCCCGCCCCGGCGCGGCGGCACGGCCCUGGGCCGGAAGGCGGGCUCACACUCUGUGGCCGGCUGUGGUACACAGCUCCCUGGGGAUGGGAGAGCGAACGCCGGCCAUGCAGAUCAGUCAGCUGCCUCUGGCCUGGUGGCAGGCCCAGCCAGACCUGCUGCUGGACCCAGGCAGAGCCGGGAGCCCUUGCUGCUGGUGUCCUGUCGGACCAACAAGUUCCGGAAAAACAACUACAAGUGGGUGGCUGCCUCGGCGAAGAGUCCCCGGGCCCCUCGGAGGACCCUCAGUCCCAGAGCAGCAGUGGGGAAUGUGUGCAAGGCCCCCUUUUCUGCAGCGGAACGAACGGAGAAGCCGCAGCUCAGAGCCGACCUGGAUGUCAAGCCCAAGAGGUCGGCCACGGCCUCCGUGCCUGGGGCCUCCCCGAGCAAGUACAAGUGGAAGGCCUCCAGCGCCUCGGCCUCCUCGUCCUCCUCCUUCCGUUGGCAGUCAGAGGCCGGCAACAAGGACCAUGCCUCCCAGCUCUCCCCAGUCCCAUCUAGGUCCCCCCCAGGGGACAGACCAGCAGUGGGGCCCAGCAGCUUGAAGCCCCUCCUCAGUGAGACCCUGCUCUCCUCUUACAAAGUGAAGAGCCGCACCAAGAUCAUCCGGAGGCGGGGGAGUGCUAGCCUUCCUGGGGACAAGAAGAGCAGCCCCCCACCUCCUGCCACGUCCAAGAGCCAGUUCAGCCUGCGGCGGAGGCAGGCCCUCCGGGGGAAGAGCAGCCCCGUGCUGAGGAAGACACCCAGCAAGGGCCUGAUGCAGGUCAGCAGGCACCGGCUGUGCCGCCUGCCUCCUGGCCGGGCCCCGCUCCCCACCAAGGAAGCCUCCAGCCUGCACAGCCAGCGGACCCCUCCCACCAGCAAAGUGAUCAACACUCGCUACCGCAUCGUCAAGAAGACCCAGGCCUCGCCUCUCAGCGCCGCCCCCGGUCCCCUGGCCCCGCCCUCCUGGCGGGCACUGCGGCUCUCCCUGUCCAGGUCCUCGGUGCUGAACGGCCUGCGUACUGCUGCAGCGGGUGGGAAAGCCCCGCCCGGCUCCCCUCGGUGGCGGAGCAGAGGCUACCGUUGCAUCGGAGGCGUCCUCUACAAGGUGUCGGCCAACAAGCUCUCCAAGACCUAUGGAGACGGGGGCAGCAGGCCCCUCCUGCGCGCAGGCCGCUUGGACCCUGCCAGUAGCUGCAGCCGCUCCCUGGCCAGCCGGGCCGUGCAGCGCAGCCUGGCCAUCGUGCGGCAGGCGCGGCAGAGGCGGCGGCGGCGGAAGGACGAGUACUGCAUGUACUACAACCGCUUCGGCAGGUGCAACCGCGGCGAGCGCUGCCCCUACAUCCACGACCCCGAGAAGGUGGCCGUGUGCACCAGGUUUGUUCGGGGCACGUGCAAGAAAACGGACGGGACCUGCCCCUUCUCCCACCACGUCUCCAAGGAGAAGAUGCCCGUGUGCUCCUACUUCCUGAAAGGGAUCUGCAGCAACAGCAACUGUCCCUACAGCCACGUCUACGUGUCCCGAAAGGCGGAGGUCUGCACUGACUUCCUCAAAGGCUACUGCCCGCUGGGUGCAAAGUGCAAGAAGAAGCACACGCUGCUGUGUCCUGACUUCUCCCGCAGGGGCGUCUGCCCCCGGGGUGCCCAGUGCCAGCUGCUCCACCGCAACCAGAGGCACCUCGGCCGGCGGGCAGCCACAGCCCCGGCCCCGGAGCCCAACACCACGCCCCCCAGGAGCAGGGCUUCCACCAGCCACGGGCCCAGGAAGUCCUUGGCCGCCCAGCGACCCACCAGGCAGACGUCCAGCUGCCCCACCCCCGCGGCAGCCGGCUCGGCCUCCUCCCCACCCUCCCCACGGCUUUUAGCUGCAGCCUCAGCCUCUUCCUCCUCUGUCUCCUCCCGCUCCUCCUCCUCGCCCCCGUCCUCCCCCUCGCGCCCCUCCCCCUCCUCCCCCUCCGCCUCCCUGCCCCUGGACCAGGAGGAGCCGUCUCUGCCGGAGGAGGCUGCCUCGGCGGGGACGGGCUCCGGCAGCCUCUGCAAGCUGCCCUCCUUCAUCUCCCUGCAGUCCCCGCCAAGCCCGGGAGGCCAGCCCAGGGCCCUGACCCACAGGAGCAGCCCCACCAAGGACUCAGGGAAAUCGCUGCACAUCAAACCCCGUCUGUGAGGGCCCGGGGAGCCGGCCCACGCCUACCUCAGCCCUUCAUCCCUGGAGAGGAAGGAGGCUCUGCCCGCCCCCGCCCCCGAGGGGGGACCGCUCGCCACAGAGCACCGCCUGGGGGCUGCA